AUGCUGACCGAUAGCAUCCGACGCGAAGAAGGCGCGAUGCGUGAGCCGCAGCCAAUGCAAACACCACCAAAGCCCAAAACACGGUCUCUCUCUGACAGCACGCCGCAACUGGAACCCUCGCCCAAGUUUCGCGAGCCAACCAGGACGUCCAAGGAUGACCACACGAUUAUCGCCAGCCCCAGUACUCCACGGCGCCCCGACUUUCUCUCGCGAGGCCUUUCACUGCAGAUGCCCCUUCGGGAGUCGCCCAUGCCCAGUCCUGCACACUUCGCCGCACGUGUGCCCCUGUCGCCGCAACUGGACGCCCACAACACCUACGCUUCCCCGGCGUCGCUGCUGCCUCGACGUUCACGAGGCGCCGAGUUCUCGAGGGCCUGCACCCACCUCCACCACUCGACGCUGCCUGACCAGUCAUCGCCGGACUCGUCGCCAACGAUCACGCAGAAGGGAAUCAAGAUCCCCUCGCGCAAGCCCCGCGCCAACUCGAUCAUAAUGGACUCGCCCAACAUCAACCUGCACGGUGCUUGGAGCAUGGGCGGUAGAACUGCUCCCUCGAGCUCAGUGGGCAGCAUCAACAUGCUGGGGUCCGAGGACUCGAGUAGUUCCUCGGACGAGCUCGACCCCUUGGACCCUGACGACACCGAUGAUCCCAUGAUCAUGACCCCGCAGGCUGCAAAGACAAGCAAUGCCUAUCAUGGAGGUGCAGCCAUCAACAACAGUCCUUUCGCGAGCACGUUCUCGCCCAGUGGCGUGCCCAACUUCAUGAGCAUACAGAGAGCAAGGCUGCGCAAAGGCCGAAGUCGGAAAAGCUCGAGCUCCGCUAGUGGUCACAGCUCGAUGGCAAGCCCUGGCGGCGCUGCAUCGCCGCCGAAUAGCAAAGGUGAAGGCUACUUCUCCAGGGAAGCUGUGCUGCGCAGGGAAGGGUCUCGACGGGAGAGCCUUUCACUCUUCACAAAUGACCUCCACAUCUCUUCCGGUAACGACAGCGGCGACGAGGCUAUCGCAAUGCCUCAAACACCCGGCGUUAUACGACGCGCAGUAACACGUAGGGGCAAUCUGCUGCCGAAGUCUAGGCAGUUUGGUCGUAUCAAGGCCGAGCUGUUCGACGAGUCGGCUCCUGUCGACAGCGAGACGCGGCGCGAAGCUGAGAUCAUUCGACAGGUGAGAGAAAGCGAUACAGACCUGGAACGGCCGUCUGUUACAGCACAGUCGUCUCCCAGCCUCCUGCCCACGGUACCUGGCUUAGAUGGCCCUUUGGAGGGAGUGCCCGAGGAAGAGAGUGAAGGCAGCAUGAGCCUGGACGGUUCGACCACCAAGGGAUUGUUUGGUGCAUUUGGCUCCUUGAAUACCGGCCGCAACUCUGUCGGCACGGAGUUUUGGAACCAACGCCUGGCGCAGACCCCACCACCACCAUCCUCGUUCAACCGCGCAGAGUCAUCGGCCAUGAGCGAGGAUAUGAACAUGGACUCGCCCAUUAUCUCUUCGAACAGCGGCAACGGCAUGCCAGCGCCAGACCAGAGCGUCAACCUUGGCUGGACAUCUCGGGCGUCGACACCGCAGUCGAUGUGUCCACCGACCGCUGCCGAGGGGCUCAAGAAGUCGAAUAAGCGUCGGCGCGACGACGACUUCGAUGAGCAUUCGCUGAAGCGACGUGCCGUGUCGCCUGGCCUGAGUGUACACAACAGCCCUGUCAUCUCCCAGUCACCAAGCCAGCGUGAUGGCAGUUUGUGGGGCACAACGACUAAAGCGAGUCGCGAGACAUCAACCAGCGGACAAUCCAAUGGCGAGCGGUCGAACAGUGGAGGCAGCAUGAGCAUGACGCCCACGCUGGGCCCCAAGCGUGUCGGCCUGCAGGGCAUGACGGACACCAGCGACGGGUUGAUGAAAAUGAGCAUCGAGUAG